AGCAUGAUAAUACACCGAAAAUACACUGUCAAAAUAAUAUAAACAUUAACGCCGAAAGUAAUAGUGCAUAAAGUUCUAUCCAUGUAGAUCUACUUUAUUGUUUUUUAAAUGUUCUUGCUAUAUAGAAAGGCUGAAGAUUCACACCUUAAAUGACAUAAAACAGAGCUCCGUGCGCAUUUAAGAUGGUUCAAUUACGUUACAUCUUAUUGUCAAUCGCUGUUUAUAUGUUGAAAGAAAUGCAUGCAAACAACGGAGAAACAGUGAGUAGAACUUUCCGAAUUGAUUUUGAACGUGAUACGUUUCUGAUGGAUGGCAAACCGUUCCGAUUCAUCUCGGGAUCAUUUCAUUACUUUCGUGCGCUACCUGGCUCCUGGCGGCAAAUAUUAAGAUCAAUGCGUGCAGCUGGAUUGAACACUGUAAUGACGUACAUAGAAUGGUCUACCCACGAACCAAAAAAAGGUCAAUACAAUUGGAACGGUAUCGCUAAUAUCGAACAGUUUAUUCGAAUAGCAGAAGAAGAAGACUUAUUCGUGAUACUACGGCCUGGACCAUACAUUUGCGCUGAACGAGACAUGGGAGGAUUUCCGUACUGGCUGCUGACCGAACAUCCUAGAAUAAAACUUCGAACAUAUGAUCACGAGUACUUACAAGAAGUGGAAAAAUGGUAUAGUGUGUUGAUGCCUCGUAUUCAAACACACUUUUAUGGAAAUGGAGGUCCUGUAAUAAUGGUGUCAAUUGAAAAUGAAUAUGGGUCUUUUUCUGCAUGUGAUGGCAAAUAUUUAACAUUCCUGAAAAAUUUAACAGAGAGAUAUGUACAGGACAAUGCUGUUCUUUUUACAAAUGACGGACCCGCUCAACUGCAUUGUGGAAAAAUUCCAGGAGUUCUUGCCACUUUGGACUUUGGAUCAACGAACAACUCGGACAGAUACUGGCAAACACUUCGAAGAUUACAGCCUCAAGGACCACUUGUCAACGCAGAGUUCUACCCCGGUUGGCUGACCCACUGGAUGGAACCAACAGCACGUGUUGCAAUCGAUCCUGUAGUGGAGACCCUCCGUGUUAUGUUGGCAAAGGGGGCCAGCGUAAACUUUUAUAUGUUUUUUGGUGGAACCAAUUUUGGUUUCACUGCAGGAGCAAACGAUGGAGGACCGGGUAAAUUUAAUACCGAUAUCACAUCCUAUGACUAUGAUGCUCCUCUCGAUGAAUCUGGUGACCCGACGCCCAAAUAUAACGCUAUUAGAAAUGUGUUGCUAGAGUUUACAGAGAAUCCGCAACUUCCUAUACCUGAAAAACUACCCAAAAUGACAAUACCACCUGUCCAAAUGAAAUAUCAUGGUUCUUUACUAUCACGCUUAGCCCGGAAAUCAUUAGGACAAUAUAUUCAGUACAGUGAACGCACGUUAGGAUUUGAAGCUUUGAACCAAAACUCUGGUCUGAUACUUUACGAAUCAAAUAUUCAUAACGGAAUCCAUCGCGAUCCUUUAACUUUAACAGUUAAUAAUCUUCGAGAUCGUGCAUACGUGCACGUUGAUAAUAAAUUCUUAGGAGUGCUAUCUAGAGAAAACGGAAUUUACUCAUUGCCUAUCAGCCUUGGAAUAGGAAAACGUCUACAAUUACUAGUGGAGAAUCAAGGACGCAUUAAUUACAAUAUCGCAAAUGAUUUCAAAGGAAUACUUGGAGCAGUUACUAUAGAUGGAAAUGAAGUGCUGAAUUGGACAAUUACUGGCUUUCCGUUGGAGGAUUACUCGUUAUUGCGAAACUAUCUCGAUCGGUAUAGUGAGCAUGAUGCAGAUUCAAGCAGACAUGCAUCUGCGAAAAUCUUCUAUGGAACGUUCUUCUUGAAAACAAACAAAAUUUAUGAUACUUACAUCGACCCCACUGGAUGGGGUAAAGGGUUGAUAUUCAUAAAUGGUUUUAAUUUGGGUAGAUAUUGGCCUCUAGUAGGACCUCAAGUAACGUUAUACCUUCCAAGACACAUACUAAUUCAAGGAAAUAACACAAUAGUUAUCAUUGAAUAUCAAAAGGAUAUACAGAAUGAUUCCGUCAUCAAAUUUUCGAACAAGCCCAAAUUGGAUGGACCAUGAUACAGAAUUUAUGUGCUAGGGUUAGAAUACAGCCCAUUUGGCAUUAGGUCGGUUGAGAUAAUGUAGUUUGGCUUGACUAAGUGGUAUAACAUAACUAAGAGAUAGCCGCUAGCUUUGAGUAGACCUGACAAACGGGUGGAUUACAUGUGUAUUAAUAUGUUGUUUAAUAGUACAUAAACUUUUGCUUACGUGAAUUAAAAUAGAAAAUCGAACAAUUUUUGUUUAAUCAAUAAGUUAGUUUAUUUUGUGAAUUACCUUUAUAUAUUAAGACUGUGGGAAAGUUCCGCGAGACGAGAAAUAAAAGACGAGCGCGACGUACUGUCUAACUUGUUUA